AUGUACCAGCAUAAUAAUGAUCAAUGAUGUUAUAAAAGCCAAAGUUCCCAUUGAAGGCUGAUGGCUAUUUGCAAAGUUCUUAACGACUCAAGUCAUGCACUUUAUACUAUUGAAAACCAAAAAUUUGUGAAUCGAGUUGUGCCAACGCGAACGGAUAGAAUUUCCUACAUGUGCGAGCUUUAUAAUGAUCAAUGCUGCUAUAAAAAUCAAAGUUCCCAUAAAAGACUGAUGACUAUUUGCAAAGUUCUUAAUGACUCAUGUCAUGCACUUUAG